AUGUCCGGAGAAUCAGCCGUUAUGCUGCGGAGGAACGGGAAGCUAAGGUCAUGCGAACCAUGUCGCAUUUCGAAAAUCAAGUGCGACCAUGCCACACCGACGUGCUCAAAGUGUCAAGCACGUGGGAUGACAGAGCAUUGCUUCUACCAUCCGAACCCCAUGACUAAGCCUGCUGGUACUCCACGCAAGAAGCCAGAACCACGUCGUCGGAGAUUAGAUGGGCAUGCUUCAUCGUCCAGCCAGGGGAGGCUGACGCCCCUGACACUGAGUCCACCAACAUUGAGGAACGAUGCUGGAUUCGUCCCUUGGCCUACCCCUCCAGAAUCUGCUACGAGAACAACACAAAGCGGACCCGACCCAUCAAGGAACUUCUUUUUGGGUUCCACGAGUUAUGCUGCUGUCUUCACAGAAGAGCAGCCCUUGCCAGAGACAGUGCAUGAACAGCCAUCUGAGAGACUGAGUAUAACUCCUUCGGCGUCGAGUAGAGGUAUGGGACAUCGACACUGCCAAUUUUCGCUUGGAGACACAAUCGUGUCUACUCUCCAACCCUUCUCGUUUUUUGAAAGGUCUCUUGAUAUGUACUUUGCUAUGCACAAGGACCCUGCUCUCGUUGGUCCACUUUUCCUCUCUGCAAUGCCACAGCUGCGUAAAGACGUAGAACAGCUCCACGCUGCUGGUAGUCAGGUAUAUCCUCUAUACGCGGAAAUUACAAGGAACUCCGCUCGACCCAUGAAGAUCCCUUCGGAUAUGCGGCCAUCGGAGUUUCACACGCUCUUCACAGGCAAGAACUUGAGAUGGGACACGUUAGGCUUGAUCCUGGCGAUUGCCGGCUCUAAUGCCCAAUACACAUCACCCAAUGAUCCUCUGUUCACGCUAGAAGACGGCAAGCAAAUGAACAGAGAGGAGUUCAUUGAAGACGUAAUGCACGCAACCAACACAUGCAUCAACAUCUGCGAAACACAUGGCGCCGUGAAUGAGCUCAUGACAUGUCUCAUCUACAUCAACAUGAUGGUAGUUAGUAGUUUUUAUGGAGAUAACCAUCAUGCCACAUGGAGGCGUAUGGGCGACAGUGUUUCUGCUCUCUACGCCGCAGGCAUACAUUGCGAAGCCUGUAAUGGAGAUGGUUCCAACGCAGAACCGUUCUUUAUGCGCGAGUUCAGAAGACGACUCUACGCAGCCAUAUAUCGCUCCGACAAAGCCCUAGCUGUGUUCUAUGGACGACCUCCAAUGAUGGGUUGGAGGUAUAGUGACCGCAAGAUGUUAUUGGACAUUAGCGAUCAGGCUGUGACUUCAGAGGAUCCGGAUGUACUGAAUGCUGAGCUUUCGAAGCUAGACAGCGCAGGCUGGAACACAGAAGGGCAUCUUCACCCUGCGACCUUCGGCAGAAUGAGGUGUCAACUUGCUGUUUUCAAGGAGAGGCUGCUAGAGCAAACUUUGGCAGGUGAGAAGGAUAGUGAUGUGGUGCAGAACGUAGACGAGCUCAACAAGAUGCUUGCACUGGUGCUCGAGGAAGUCCUCAAUUACGUGCCUCCAACGAAUGGCGAGCAAGAACGGGGCGAUGACGCUGCAGCUAUGACUGGAGCGGGGCAAGGCUUCUUCGACAUGCCUAUGAUUGAGGGUUUGGAACCUAUACCAACUGAGAGUGAGGACUUUCUAAAUUGGCUGGACAAUGCAACGUGGAACAAUACGAAACGCGGUACAUACUACAGAACGCCAGGCGCCUACAUAUACACGAAGCUGGAUCCGAUACUGAAAAAGCCUUCCAUGGCUUCUUCGAUGCUCCAGACGUAUGCUAUAAGCACACGCAAUGCCCGAUGUGUGGAACUUGACAACCAUUAUCUCGAUAACCCCGAUAACAUCUCUCUCUCUCUCUCUCUCUCUCCCCAAUACCAACAGCUGAUCUAA